AUGCUUGCUGGGAUUACUAACAAAUCUAUUCAACUUUCCGACGUUGACGACGUUUUUGUAAGCCCUAACAAGCGUCGAAAAGGCAAUGCGUCCUACAAAUGCAAGUCUGAAUUUCCCAUAAAUGAUAUCGUUGAUACAAUUGAGCCCAUUAAUCUCACACAUAAAAUUGAUGAUGAGAACCAGCAAUUUAAAGAAAGUGACAACAUUAGCUUACCAAGCUCUAUUUCUAAUUUUCAACUUAGCUUGGCAGCUCAGCUCCAAAAUGUUGACUUUAAUACCAAUGUCAACACUACUCCUGAAGUUACCACACGACAAUCUAUCCCCUUCGUCCUGCCCUUUUUGCCACGACGAUUUCCUUUUUUACUUCCAUUUGAAAAUUUAACAACUGGAAAUAAAGCAGAGGCUAUCUUAGAACAAAGGCCGAAGUCAUCUCACUUGUAUCACGAAUUUGCUCAAGUGUCAAAAUCGUUUUCCUUCAGUCCAUGUGGAACAGUUAACAAAAAUACCUUCGCGUCAAAGGAGAACUCAAGUGUUUUGCAACUUCUUCACUCAUGUCUUGAACAAAUCCCACUUCCACCAAUUGGAUCGGAUUGCCAAGAAAUUCUAAAUUCACUUUACACUUAUACAAUCUUUCAGGCAAUAAAUUUUCAGAAAUCUGUUCUGCGCUACCUUACAGAAUUAAAUGAAAAAACGCGGCCUCGACCAUCUGAGCCUAAGGAUCCUUGGAAUUUGCAUUCUAAUGAUAAAUCCCUUCAGCCAAAUUUGUACGCAUUCUCUCGAUCCACCUCUUCAGAUUGCAAAAGCCUCGAGAGUACUUUACUAGCUAACGAUUCUGAAAGCGGUGCCGCAAUUGAUUUACGAGUUCGUCCUCCCAAGUCUGCAUUAGACGGCUGCUCCAUAAAUUUUGGACGAGCUACCUUACCACACGAUUCUUGCAUACAGGAAUCAAGUGCUGAUUGUCUGGACAGUGGUCGUAUUUCCGGCUUUCUAUCUCAUGCAUUUAACCGUCGAUCACCUUCACUCUCCUCCUACCCAAACGAUCUCUCUGACGCCUUUCCCCCGCGUCAUCUUUUUUCUCGAUUUGCUGUGCGAAGCCCAUCACGUUGCUUGAACGGUAGACGACUAAAAACUACCUCGUUGAAAAAUAAGAAGCCAAGAAGUCUGGGCGGAUAUUCCCCAUCAAGUUCCACCCCUGGACGAGAUAGUCAAUGCAGUGGACCUCUGCUCUCCAAGAAACCUAGCUUUCGAGGAACAAGCGAGGAAGAGAAUGAGGUCUGUCCCCAUUUCAAACCCGUCGAACAGAAUGUAAGUUUGCAGGUGUCCGCUAUUUGCCAGUUUGCUUGCUUAAAAAGAUCCUUGGUAAAUGGACCAUUAAAUAGAAAGAGCAUAGUGCAAAGAAAGCUUCUUAAACCACCUAUACACCAUUUUUUCCUAGAGUUUGUUCAGUAA